AUGGGAUACAAUGAUGUUCAUGGAGACUUUGGUUUUGGGGAUAGGAAUGACGAUGGAGCUUCUCUUUUCGAUUUUGCGAGGUCCUUUGGGUUGGUGGUAGUUAAUUCCAGCUUUCCGAAGAAGGAGGAACAUCUGAUUACUUUCUGUAGUAGGGUUUCCAUGACCCAGAUUGACUUUUUGCUGCUUAGGAAGGGCAAUAGAGUUUUGUGCAAGGAUUGUAAGGUCAUUCAGAAUGAGAAUCUUAUGACCCAAUAUAGACUUCUGGUGAUGGAUUUUAUUUUGAAGAUAGUCAAGAAGAGGAAAGUUGGGGAGGGUCAUUCUAGAGUUAAGUGGGGUGACUUGACUCCUACAAGGGCUUUGGAGAUAGGGGCAAAGGAGAAGUACAAGGUAGCUAAGAAAGAGGCUAAGUUAGUAGUUACGGGUGCUAAGUCACCAGCUUUUGAGAGACUGUAUUGGGGAUUAGAGGAGAUAGGUAUGGAAAAGAGGUUAUUUAGGCUUGCCAAGUCUAAGAAGCAUAAGGGAUGGGAUUUGGACCGAGUGAAGUGCAUUAAGGGGAAGGAUGUUAGAGUUUUAGUGGAGGACGUUCUAAUUCUGAAAAGAUGGCAUUCGUAUUUCCAUAAGAUCUUAAACGAUGAAGUGGACCGAGGUAUUGUGUUAGGAGAGCUAGAGGACAAUGAGGAGUCUCAUGAUUUUUUAUAUUGUGAGCAUUUUAAGGUGGAAGAAGUCUGUGAGGCUAUUCGCAAGAUGCGGAGGGGCAGGGCUACGGGGCCUAAUGAGAUUUUGAUGGAUUUUUAG